CGAAAAGAGAGACUCUCUUUCUGCUUUUAAUUAGUUCUUGUCAUUGUCCUGCCGUUUGGAGGGGGAUUAAACUUUGCAGCAGAGCCAGUCCGUUGGUUUUACUGUCAGCAGCAAGUGGAAGUUUGCUUUAUAGUGCUUAAAAACACGCAUGUUUUCGCAGGUCUUUAGUUUGGAACUUGUCUGCAUUUUGACGUUUUGCUCGAUCAGGAGGAGCCGAGGUCAGGAUCGACUCCUUUAGCCAUGUUGGCUGCAACAUGCAACAAAAUAGGGAGUCCGAGCCCUUCACCUUCCACUAUAUCGGAUAAUUCCUCGUCCUUUGGGAAGGGCUUCCAUCCGUGGAAGAGAGCCUCCGCCAGCAGCUGCAGCCUCGGCUCUGGCCUAUCCAGCUUCGGAGUGUCCCGGAACGGAUCUGGCAUAGCCUCGGACUCUUUCGGCAACAACGGCUCCAACGGAUCCAGUGCCUUCUCCCUCACGUCUGGGACGACGUCUGGCUCUCAUUUCGGAAACGACUACUCUGUUUUUCAAGCUUCGAGCAACUCUCAAGAGUCCAGCCAUCAGCCGGUCUUCAUCUCCAAGGUGCAUACCUCGGUGGACAGUUUGCAGGGCAUCUAUCCGAGGAUGAGCGUUGCGCACCCGUAUGAGUCCUGGUUCAAGUCCUCUCACCCUGGGAUCUCCGCAGGAGAGGUCGGCACCACCGGAGCUUCUGCCUGGUGGGAUGUGGGAGCAGCGGGGUGGAUUGAUGUUCAGAACCCGAAUGGAGCAGCACUACAAUCGUCCUUACAUUCCGGUGGACUGCAGACCUCCUUACACUCUCCCCUUGGAGGAUAUAAUUCUGAUUACUCCACUUUGAGCCACUCUGCUUUCAGCACCAGCCCCUCUCCACACCUGUUGACGCCCGGCCAACACCUGAUGGACGGUUUCAAGCCGGUUUUACCCUCUUAUCCGGACACAAGCCCUUCGCCACUAACGGGAGCAGGAGGGACUAUGCUCACCGGAGGUCCCCCGGCAACUUUAGCGGGCUCUCCGAGGUCAUCCGCUCGAAGGUAUUCAGGAAGGGCCACCUGCGACUGUCCGAACUGCCAAGAGGCGGAGAGACUGGGACCGGCGGGCGCCAGUUUGCGCAGGAAAGGCCUGCACAGCUGCCACAUACCUGGCUGCGGGAAGGUGUACGGCAAAACGUCGCACCUGAAGGCGCACCUGCGGUGGCACACCGGGGAGAGGCCGUUCGUGUGCAACUGGCUGUUCUGCGGCAAGAGGUUUACGCGCUCCGACGAGCUCCAGCGGCACUUGCGCACACACACUGGCGAGAAACGCUUCGCCUGUCCGGUGUGCAACAAGAGGUUCAUGCGCAGCGACCACCUGAGCAAGCACGUAAAAACUCACAGCGCAGGGGGCUCCGCCGGCUCUGGCUCUGGGGGCAGCGGGGGGAAAAGGGGGAGCGACACCGAUAGUGAGCACAGCGCGCCGGGGAGCCCUCCAUGCCAUUCCCCCGACUUGUUGCACCCACCUGAGCCCACCCAGGGAGUGGGCAUGAACGGCCUCUGAAAAACCUAGUUUAAAAAAAAAAAAAGGAGAAGGAGAGAAAAUAUUCAAACGAGUGGACAUACUUUAAUGUAUGCUGUAUCCUGCUGUUGUCAAAUAAGUGUUUAAAUCUGCAUUUCCACAAUG